GCGAGGUAUGUCAUGAAAUGGUCAAAGACAUGCCCUACCUUGAGAUGGUUAUUCAAGAAGUUUUGCGCUUUUAUCCUCCUGUUUUGAGACUUGAGCGUCAAUGUACGAAACAUUAUUCAUACGACAACGGUCCGAAUCCAAAUUAAAAAGGGCCAUAUUGUUACCAUGCCGGCGUAUGCUCUCCAUCACAUGGAAGAAUACUACCCCUAUCCUAAAAAAUUUGAUCCCGAAAGAUGGUGCGCUGAAAACAAAGCCAAACGUAAUCCACAGAGUUUCGUAGCUUUUGGCCUAGGCCCGAGCAACUGUUUCGGCAUGCGAUUUGCCAUGGAAGAGAUGAAGAUUGCUAUUGCUACUAUGGUUCAGAAAUUUCGCGUUUUUCCGGUCAAAGAAACUUCCGGAGAAGCUCCGUUUCUUCGACGGAUUUUCUCUACUUAUACAGCAUUUCGAUGCUAUAGUUGGUGUUGAAUUCCGACAAUCACGCUGACAGGUGUUAUCUCUUGCUACAUGUAAAAGGGUAAUUUGCAAGAAUUAAAAUUUUACGGUUUAAUCGCUUAAAGGAAAAGCAAGAACUGAAACAUACGGAGUACUAAAUCAGCAGUCUUCUUCAUACGACAAACAGGAAUUAUUCAAGAAGUUCCAGCAAAUCAAACUCCCGUCGAUGAAAGAUUUUUGCUCUAAUGCAGAUCAUUGAAUUUCCAGAAGAUUUGAUAUCCAUUGAUCUAAGAAUUAUUUAAUCUAACAUAUAGCAUUUCCACUUUGUCUGAAUAGUAUUAUAGUAGUAGUAGCCGUAAACACGUUAAUUGUUUAAUACCAUAAUUUUAAGUGUGCUGGAAUCACAUAUAAAGAGGAGACCUGAAAUGACCUUGAAUCAUCAUAAAAUCUUGGCAACUAUAUAAACCCAGUAAAAAAAAAGAAACUCUAUUAAAGAAAACUAAGUAUCGAUUCAGCCUUUGUGACGUAUUUAACUUAAAUAAAAAGGAACUAUCGGAUUUACCUAAA